CAGCGAGACAGACAGUUUUUCCACUUCCCCGUGUGUGUGCGCGCGCGCGUCCAAAUGGUAAUCUUACAAAUCUCUCCGUGUUAUUAAAAUGAGCAACAAAAUUCACGAUUUUCACUGGGAUUGUAUUAGACAUGGGCAUUUUAUAGGAUGGAAACAAAGGCGAAAGGAACCCAGAGAAUUGUCGUUUUAAAGCGUAUUUGGGGGGAUUACGCUAAGUGCUGCUUUACCCGGAGACAUUGGGUCUUACAUAAAACUAAUGGGUCAUCUAAACAUCGUCCAUGAAUAUGCUUCACUAAGCAGAGAUCUCACAAAUCAUCAGCGGGACUGAUUAACCUGGAGUUGGUAUGUGCAUUCAAAGAAAAUCGGCUUUCAGGCAAACAUCUUCCUUCGUUGCUCAACCGUCAGCACUCUGUUCAGAGACACGUUUGUGAUUUCAAAACAAUGCCAAACAGAAAAUGGAUCCUGGGAUUAAAAAUCACAUCGACCAUUACGUGCACGACCUCUCCAACCCGAGCGCACCGGUUUUGUGUGAGGAAAUGCUCAGCGUGGCCGAUGAGGCGUGCAGCGCUGGAGACUUCGACCUGGCCGUGGAGAUAUACUCCUCACAGAUCGCCGAACUCCACCACACCGAUCGCGGCCUGUGCCUGCGGAAAGCCGAUGCUCUGGCCCGUGGAGGACGCAUAGCCGAGGCUUUAGACUCUUACUGCAUCGCCGCAAACCUCCAGAAACUAAGACCUGAUGAACUGCGCAUUUUAGUUGAUAUUAUUGCGCAAACAAUAUGUGCAAAAGAGCAGUGUGACCGUAAGUGCUCAAACUCUGAGGGCAGAUGCUUUGAGAGUGAUGAGUUUGAAGAAGAGCAGAACUUGGACUUGUUCUCAUGUCCCAUUUGCAAGUGCUUGUUAACGGAUCCGACGACUCUGGUGUGUGGGCACACAUUCUGUAAGCGCUGUGUUGAAGAUGCUGUAGUGAAAGAGUGCAAAAGCUGCUGUUUAAAAACUAUCAAAUCACUUAGAACGUUUAAUGUUGACGGACUUCGAGUAAACGUAAUAGUAAGUGGCUUGAUUGCAAAAUGGUUCGACUCGGAAAGCAAAGCGAGAAGGUGUUGGUUGGAAGGGGAAACUCAUUGGAAGAAAAACGACUUGGCCACCGCCAUUCAGAUGUUUAACAAAGCGGUUGAACAAGCACCUUCUAUCUGUUGGCUCCUGGCACGGCGGGCUGAGCUGCAUUUGGAAAUGAAAAAUUUCAGCCAAGCAAUCCACGAUGGGGAUGCCAUGUGCCAACUCCGCCCAUGGUGGCCAAAGGCUUACUACAUAAAGGCCACAGCGUUUAAGAAUGCAGGCCGAAUUGAAGAGGCUCUGCAGGAGUAUUUAUUUUGUGUGGCUCUGAAAUCUGACUGGAUCGCUGUAAAACUGGAGGCUCAGAAGAUCCUGAGCGACAUGUUCUCCUUAGUGUUUGUGAAUGAUGGCCUGGCCGAAUCCCUGCAACCCCUUUCGGCUUGCCCCUCUCCUCGUAUCAAAACCUCAUCCCUCCUCAGUUCUCUGCACACUUCUCUUCCUAGAGAUGGAGCCAGAGCAGGCAGCUCCAAGGAAUCAACAUUCGGUUGCAGUAAAUUCAAAGAUAGGAGCUCCUCUUUAUUAAAACAAACUGAAAAUUUUGUCAACUCUGGCUUAUAUUCACUUCCUGUUCUGCCAGUCUUGAAGAGGAAAUGGACUGAAGAUGCGAAGGCCUUUGAGCCACCCAGCAAACAGCUUAAAGAAGAUGAGGCACCGUCAUCCAAACUUUUCCCUACUCUUUGUGGGGGAAGGCAGGUCCCAUCACAGAUUUUGGACAGUGCAGACUUCGAGUGUUCUCUCUGCAUGAGACUGUAUUAUGAGCCUGUCACCACACCCUGUGGACACACUUUCUGCCUGAAGUGUUUGGAGCGCUGCUUGGACCACAACCCCAACUGCCCCCUGUGCAAGGAGAAUCUAUCUGAGUAUCUGGCUACUAGAGCGUACAACAUUACUCUUCUAAUGGAAGAGGUAUUGCAGCGCUACCUGAGUGAAGAGCUGGCAGAAAGGAGAAUAUUGCAUGAAGAAGAGAUGAAAGAACUUUCAAACUUGAAUCAGGAAGUGCCCAUCUUCGUGUGCACCAUGGCAUUUCCCACGAUUCCCUGCCCACUGCAUGUCUUCGAGCCUCGUUACAGGCUUAUGAUUCGCAGAUCCAUGGAAACAGGAACGAAGCAGUUUGGCAUGUGCAUUGCUGAUGAACUAAAGGGGUUUGCAGACCAUGGCUGCAUGUUGGAGGUGAGAGAUGUUAAGUUUUUUCCUGAUGGACGCUCUGUGGUGGACACCAUCGGCAUUGCUCGUUUCAAAGUGCUCAGUCACGGCCAGAGAGAUGGAUACCACACAGCCAAGAUUGAAUAUUUAGAGGAUAUGAAGGUUGAAGGAGAAGAGUUGACAGAGCUUCUGAAGUUGCAUGAAUCGGUGUAUGAUCAGGCUACAACCUGGUUUACCUCCCUUAAAGAUGAUAUGAAGAAUCAAAUUAUCAGCCACUUUGGCCAGUUGCCUGUCAAAGACGUCGACCCACAGGUGAACCCCAAUGGUCCAGCAUGGUGUUGGUGGCUGUUGGCUGUGUUGCCAUUGGAAAACCGAGCCCAGCUCACCAUCCUUGCUAUGAAUGCCCUUAAGGACCGACUGAUUGCCAUCCGCCGAGUCCUCAUUUUUGUAACUCGCAAGCGCCCUCGAUGAUGUAUAUGAUCUUGGUCUGCCUCAAUUCAAAUUGUCAUCAUCACUAUUAACCUGUACCUUGAGAAUGUUGCUUCAGACUGGGGUCACGAAGGCAUCUUCCAUUGGCCAUCCUGGCCAAUCGUUACAACACGCAACCCUUACCGUUUAGUCACCUGUGACAAUGUGCAAUAAAACAGUUUGCCAGUCUAAAUGUAGCAACAAACAUUGUGAAAGGCAUUGAUGUGGGAAAGGUGUGCUUUUUUGUUGUUGUGCUUACAACCUUUUCUAAGAAACUUCCACUUUUGUUUUGUGCUUAGAUGGUGUGUAAGACUGACCAAAUGUUUCUAAUAGUCUCUUAGUAUCAAUAUUGACCUUUUUGAAAAGAAAAUCCAUGUGCUUCAUUUGUUUCAGUCACCUUAUUUCCAUGGUGUACAAUACAGUGUUGAAAAAAAAAUCAUAGAUAUGUAAAUGGAAUGUAAGUCUCUGGUUGUGUGCUUUCUAUGUAUGUUGAUUUUUUUUUUCCCCCCCCUAUUUCUCACACUCAUUUAGAGUUGUCUAGUUUAUUCAGAGACCAUUAAUGGAGUCUUAAAUUGCAGUGUUCUGAUGAUGUCCAUUAAUAUUUCCAUAUUGCUUUUAAAAUAGUUUUGUAGCCCACCAGGGCCUAGGGCCCUGUGACUACGUGCAUAUUAAAUGAACAAGUCAUAAGAUUAAGAAAUAUUAAUGCCUUUUAUUUUGAAAUUCUCUGCAGACCAAUGGUUUCAAUCGCACAUACGAAGUUUUCGGAGUGGACCUGAUCAUUUAACAUACAAAUCACAAUGACGGUAAAAACAACGUAGUAAGUAUAAAAUGAGCUCUGAAGAGUCACAAAAUGACAAAUAACUGAAAGUUACAAAAAAUAAAAUAACAGCAGUGAAUCUAAAAUUGACAAGCAGUAAAGCGAAGUUGUACACUAAUCUGCAUAAUUUAUUUAUAACACAUACUGUUACUGGGAACUGGAGCACAGCUGGUAUUUAGAUGCAUCUCUGAUGAUAGAAUCAUAUGUGGUCAGGUGAAACACAUCACUGUUUACAUUUGGUCACUUAAAUGCAUCUCCUGUUGCCACUUGUGUUUGGAUUUGGAGGGAAGGAGGGAAGGAUCUCUGUGUGUUACUGCAUGAUAAAGCUCAACGAAGUAUGUAGAUUUGGAUUGAACAUUAAACAAUGGCAAAAUUUAAA